AUGUCAGCCUUCUUCUUCGAGCUCUGUAACACCUGGAUCUUCAUCAUUACGGCUUAUUCUCUCCUAACUCUUUUCAAAUGGCCAUUUAAGAAGCUAUGCAGCAAGGAAGAGGUGAGUUAUAGGCCAGGAUAAGAUCUCCAUAAAUCCACUUUGUCAUGAGUAACUGUAUGUAUCUCUUGUUUUAGCAGAACGUCCGUCUCCGAGGCGCUAUCAUGCAGAUUGGAGUUGUGAAUUAUGUCAUUGGUGUGGCCGGAGGCACUCAGCUUCUUAUACGAGGCGCUGCGACAUUCGUUCUCACCUUUUGCGACGCUGAAAAUGGAUUGGGUAACUUUUUAUGUAAUUUUUUAGCAAGCGAGGUACCUCAAGUGCGACGCUCAGAUUUUGUUUUAAUUUUUUGCAUAGAGCGCCCAGAGAGAAAAAAAUUGUAUUUUUAAGCCAUAUCAUUAGCAGUCUCAUGCGGAAAAAAUUGGUUUUUUGUGGAAACAUUACCACUCUCUUUUCUUGAAAUAGUCAUGAAAGCCUUUCAUGUCAAAAUUAGCAAAAAAAAUGUUAUGCUUUUGCUGACUUUCGAUCUAAAAUGUCGGUUUUGUCUGCAAAACGCGAGCUAAAAACUUCGCAUACUCUUUAUCAGUCUGUCGGGAAAAUAACGGCUGUUCGUCGCACCUUGGAGUCGCCCAUCAUCGCCUUGAAAUGUCAAGACGCAACUGGGGGUUUUAAUGAGCGACGAGGCGGCAAAAUGAGACAUUUUGCUGCGACGAGCCGCCGUUAUUUUCCCGACAGACUGAUAGAAAAACGUGAUCCAAUUUUUUUCAUUAAAAUCUGAGCGUCACACUUGGGGUACCUCCCCUUGAAGUUUCCUAAUGGAUGAACUCGUAAAAAGUGUGUCCAAUUUUGGCCAAGUUUAGGACCAAAAUUCAUCGUUUUUUUGCAUAGUACGAUCCGGAAAUUAAUCACGUUUUUUCAACAAAAUGAAUCUUAAUUUUUGCAAAUUUUUUUCGACAAACUCUAAUUUUCAUCAACAAAACAAACUUCAGUUCUCAACAGCACAAUUUGUCACGAAGUCGAGAACUUAUCCGACCAGUACAAUCAACUCUACCAGCAGUACAAUCAUGCCGCAUUCGACGAUCCCAUCGUUUUUGCCAACAUUUUCGCGGCCACUUAUUUGAGCCUGCUUGCGGUUCUUUACACCUAUGACUAUGUGUAUAACGAGGAAUGUGGAGAGAAAACGAAAGAUGUGAAUAACAAUUUGAAAUUGAGUGGCGAAUUCGGGGGCAAAAAAAAAAUUUUCAUUGUGGAAAAUGAGAUUGUAACGGCAAAAAAGAUGAAAAAUGAUUUGAUGGAGGUGUAA